AUGUCUUUGCUAGUUAUGGAGACAAAAGGAUACCACAGCUACCCAGAAGGCUUAGAUAUGGAGAGACGGUGGGGUCAAGUUUCUCAGUCUGUGGAGUAUUCUUCCAUAGGUGCUGGAGAGCAGGCUGAUGACAGUAACUAUAUGGAGAUCGUGAACGUAAGCUGCGCUGCCGGCACGUUCCCCAACAGCAACGCUCAAGGAAACAGCAAAGAAAAACCUGAGCUGCUCUCCUGUCUGCAGCAAGACAGCUCUCAGCCUGGUCUUCUGCCCUCUGACAUCAAAACCGAGAGCGAGUCGAAGGAGCUGUCGGCCACGGUGGCUGAGUCCAUGGGUUUGUACAUGGACUCCAUACGAGAUGCCGAUUACCCCUACGAGCCGCAGAACCAGGGCAGCCCGGGAAAGAUCUACCAGAACGUGGAGCAGCUGGUGAAGCUCUACAAGGAGAACGGCCAUUGCCCUUCUCCCCUCCACAGCACCAGCAGGCCCUUGAGGUCCCUGAUGUCGGACUCCGGGAGCGCUGUGAACGGUGGUGGUAUGCAGGCUGUCGUCAAAAGCCCUCUCGUGUGUCAAGAGAAGAGCCCCUCGGGCUGCAGCCCUCAGAGCAUGGCCUCCUCCGUCUGCAGUCCCGCGGGGGUUAACUCCGUGUCCUCAACUACUGCUAACUUUGGAAGCUUUGCUGUGCACAGCCCCCUCGGGCAGGGAACCCCUCUGUCGCGCUCACCCAAUGUUGAAACCCGGGGCUCCAUGUUGCACAGCCCUGCGCACGUCAGCAGCGUGGGGUCUCCGCUUUCCAGCCCCAUCAGUAGCAUGAAGUCGCCGAUUUCCAGCCCUCCCAGCCACUGCAGUGUGAAGUCUCCCGUCUCAAGCCCCAGUAACAUCACCAUGCGAUCUUCUGUCUCCAGCCCUGCAAACCUGAACUCGAGGAGCUCCAUUGCCAGCCCUACCAAUGCCAACAACAGGUCCACUCAUUCUAGUCCAGCAGUCAGCACUGUGGGAUCGUCUAUCUGUAGCCCUGCAAACAACUCCCUAGGGUUCCCGGCUGCUGGCACGCCGGCAGGACCCAGCAGAAGCCAAGAGACCGUUCCCAGUCCUGAAACAAAAGACAAGGGUGUUCAAGAGCUCACGUUUCCUAAGAUGGAGGAGAUGGAGAACACCAUCUCCAACAACAGCCAGAUGACCCUCAUUCAGUUCAUCAAGCCCGAGCCAGAUGGUUCCUUCGGCAGCGCCUGCAUCGGCGACAGUGGCAAAAUAAACUCCGAUUCUCCCUUUUCCGUACCAGUGAAGCAAGAGUCGGCCAAGCAUCCUUGUUCUGGUGCCCCUUUUAAAGGGAAUCAAACAGUAAACCCUUUCCCAUUUACGGAUGGCUCCUAUUUUUCUUUUAUGGAUGACAAAGACUAUUACUCACUUUCUGGGAUUUUAGGACCACCUGUUUCUUCGUUUGAUGGAAGUUGUGAAGGUAGCAGUUUUCCAAAUCCAAGCUUACGUGUGGGGAUUAAGCAGGAGCCUGAGGAUGGCAGCUAUUACCAAGAAAACAGUAUCCCAUCCUCUGCCAUCGUGGGUGUAAAUUCAGGUGGACAGUCCUUUCACUACAGGAUCGGUGCCCAAGGCACGAUAUCUUUGUCGCGGCCGGUUGCUCGCGAGCAGGCGUUCCAGCACUUGAGCUCCUUCCCUCCUGUCAGCACGCUAGUGGAGACCUGGAAGUCCCAUUCGGAGUUGGCAUCCAGAAGAAGCGAUGGGUAUCCAGUUCUAGAGUACAUUCCAGAAAACGUGUCCAGCUCUUCACUGAGAAGUGUAUCAACUGGAUCUUCAAGACCUUCCAAAGUCUGUCUGGUGUGUGGAGAUGAGGCAUCUGGAUGUCAUUAUGGUGUGGUUACAUGUGGCAGCUGUAAAGUUUUCUUCAAGAGAGCAGUAGAAGGACAGCACAAUUACCUGUGUGCAGGAAGGAAUGACUGCAUCAUUGAUAAGAUUCGGAGGAAGAACUGCCCAGCCUGUCGGUUACAGAAAUGUCUGCAAGCUGGGAUGAAUUUAGGAGCCCGGAAGUCCAAAAAGUUGGGGAAAUUGAAAGGGAUGCACGAGGAGCAGCCCCAGCAGCGGCAGCAGCCCCCGCCCCAGAGCCCCGAGGAGGGGACGACGUACAUCGCACCCGUGACCGAGCCCUCCGUAAACACAGCACUUGUCCCCCACAUGUCUGCUAUCUCACCAGCACUUACUCCCUCUCCUGUUAAGAUCCUUGAAAGCAUUGAACCGGAAAUCGUCUACGCAGGAUACGACAGUUCCAAGCCAGACACAGCAGAGUACCUGCUGUCCACAUUAAACCGCCUGGCUGGCAAGCAGAUGAUUCAGGUGGUGAAGUGGGCAAAGAUACUUCCAGGAUUUAGAAACUUGCCUCUUGAGGACCAAAUUACUUUAAUUCAGUAUUCAUGGAUGUGUCUGUCAUCAUUUGCCUUGAGCUGGAGAUCGUACAAACACACAAACAGCCAGUUCCUCUAUUUUGCUCCAGACCUGAUCUUCGAUGAGGAGCGGAUGCGCCAGUCGGCCAUGUUCGAGCUCUGCCAGGGGAUGCACCAGGUCAGCCUCCAGUUCGUUCGCUUGCAGCUCAGCUUUGAGGAGUACACCAUCAUGAAAGUUCUGCUGCUCCUAAGCACAGUUCCCAAGGAUGGUCUCAAAAGCCAAGCUGCAUUUGAAGAAAUGAGGGCAAAUUACAUUAAAGAACUAAAGAAGAUGGUAACUAAAUGUCCAAGUAACUCUGGGCAAAGCUGGCAGAGAUUCUACCAACUGACUAAGCUUCUUGACUCCAUGCAUGAUCUUGUUAGUGACUUAUUGGAAUUCUGUUUCUACACCUUCCGAGAGUCUCAGGCACUGAAAGUAGAGUUUCCAGCCAUGCUGGUGGAAAUCAUCAGUGACCAGCUACCAAAGGUGGAAUCUGGGAAUGCCAAGCCCCUGUACUUUCACAGGAAGUGAUGAUAGAAAAUGUCUUAAAUGGAAGAAC